AUCCAUAGAUUAUGUCAAAAUCACUGAAGUCGUGUUGAUGCUUGCUGCGUUUCUGUGGAUUGCAUGUUAGCGUCCAAGUAGUUAGAGAAGAUUUGGAGGAACUAGCUUGUUAGAAAUCACUAAUUGGCAGGGGUAUCGACGUAAUUCAUCAGCUAACAAACAACAACUCUGUUUGACAUGGAUGACCUUAUCACAUUAAUUCGCACCGAAAUCCCAGAAGGGCGUAAAAAUUUACAGGAAAGCUUUUCUAAUUUGGAACGGGUUGCCGAAUAUUGUGAGGAUACCUAUUAUCGCUCAGACAACAAGAAGGCUUCCCUGGAAGAAACGAAGAAUUAUACUACACAAUCGUUGGCAAGCGUCGCCUACCAAAUAAACACUCUGGCUUUCAAUUUUCUGCAGCUGAUGGAUCUGCAGACUACGCAAAUGGCAGAAAUGGAAUCACAGAUGAAUCAUAUUUCACAAACUGUCAUGAUACACAAGGAAAAGGUGGCACGACGUGAGAUCGGUGUGCUGACCGCGAAUAAGAUCAGUUCGAGGCAAUACAAAAUUGUUGCACCACUCAAUCCAGAAAAGCCGAUUAAGUAUGUUCGUAAACCUAUCGAUUAUUCGCUUCUAGACGACGUUGGUCACGGCAUUUCGCUAACCAACAAUAACCAAAAGAAGCAUCGCAUCUCCAGUCAGGGCACUAUACAGUCUACCAUUCCUCAAAAUGUGUCAGUUGGACCACCACCGACUACCAAGCCACCGACACCGCCUCAGAUGGCCCGCAGUACUGGACAUACGGGCACUCUAGGUAAGCCCGUUAGUAACACUGGAACUCUGGGGAAGGCAUCACGCGAGUACCGGACACCACCAGUCGUUGUGCCUCCUCAAGUACCCUCGCAUUAUGCGCCCAACUAUCCGGUUGGCCAUCCGCGACGAACGUCCAGCGUCGGUGGAGUUGAACGGGGCCCAGGCUAUAGUGCUCUACCAAUGCCAAUGCCCCCAAGUCAGGUGGUAAUGCACCAUCCGCCGCAAAUCGGCAUGGUACAUCCUAUGCAGUCUGGACCUGUCAUGCAGCAUCAAUCAACUUUUGAGGAGCGUAACAGUAUGCCGCCACCCCCAUCACCACUCACCGUCACUCAUGAACAGCCAGACCAUAGUCACAUCGGUAUGCACACACUAAGCCGCAAUAUGCCUCGUCCUGGGUCACAAUCACCACCCCUACCGCCGCCACCACCGCCGGAGGAAUCGGAUCAUGCUGAUUUUGGUCGACCACGUAAUACCCAUAAUAGCUUGGUGGCACCGAUCGUACCAGAUGAUCAAAAUCUCCCAGGUUGGGUCCCAAAAAAUUAUAUUGAAAAAGUGGUUGCUAUCUACGAUUAUUACGCCGACAAGGACGACGAGCUAAGUUUUCAGGAAAGUUCCGUGUUGUAUGUGCUUAAGAAAAAUGAUGAUGGAUGGUGGGAGGGCGUUAUGGACGGGGUGACCGGACUUUUUCCGGGCAAUUAUGUAGAACCUUGCGUUUAAAAUUAUAAAUUUGCGAGCUAAAUACUGCAAACAACGUUUGCUUGAACAGCGGUUUAAGAUAUGGUUUCUAUUGCUUAUAUUUUAUUUUAGUUAGUACCACAUUUUUCAUGUUAUUAUUUAACCGCCUUCUCGGGUAGGCCUAAUAUAUAUGUUUCUGUAAUAUAUAUGUAUGGGCCGUCCCGAGUAUGCGGUUGUAUGCUUACGUAUAAUUUUUCUAUUGUAAACAAGAUGGCUUUAUGUAAACCGAACAACGGCUUUGUAAGUUAUGAAUAACGUUGCUUAAUAUCUGAAAGAUUCAUUCAAACAUUAUGGUUUGCUAGUUAUUUUACUUCAAAUUAUUUCAUCAUCGUAUAUAAAACAUUGCAUAUGAAUAUUAACUAUUGCAUUAAGCAACACAUCUAUUCGAAUAAAUGCUAUUUUGAGAAUAAAACAAAAUUUGAGAAACUA